AGUAGAGCGUCAAAUUUGGGCCACAAAUUCACUCACACGUCCAAGACGGUACAACCAAACGAAACUUAUUUUUGUUCGUCUGAGAAUCUUUUCUUCACCUAAUCACAUUAUUGUCCUGCGAAGCAACAAAGAAACGUAUAUUUGCUUCACAAGCCUAGAUUCUCGCCUAUUUACGAAAAGCAAAACAGAACGAUUCCCCGCUAGCCCGCCAACCCACGUUGCAUCCCUUUCGAGCGUUACAUCGCAUCUACUGCUCCCAAAACGCUCCUGCAACACGCGACGCAAAAAUCGCAUAAAUAGCCGCUCAUUCCAUCUAUCCAGCUAUUCUCCUCCCCCCCGGGACUCGCUCCUUCGUACCCGUAACCAUUUUCUGAGUACACAAUGUCAGACGCUACGCACAACGAGCCGGCACCGUACCGCCGCAAGCACAGCACCGACUACGAUAUGAUCAAAGAUAUAUCACGCGCGAGCGAUGCGCGUGCUGACGAAGCGCUCGUGGACGACGAGACGAAAGAUGUAGUGGCCGCCAGUGGCCUCGCAGCCAACUCCACCAAGGGCACCCACACCGUGUUUAUUCACAAGCUCUACAACAUGCUCGAGGAUGCGCAGAUCCGACAUCUCAUUUGGUGGACCGCGGCGGACGAUGGAUUCUACCUCAUUCCCGGUGAGGAGUUCUCCAAGGUGUUGUCGCAGUACUUUAAGCACACCAACAUCGCGUCGUUCAUCCGGCAGUUGAACAUGUAUGGUUUCCACAAGGUCAACGACCUGUUCCACUCGCUCACCAGCGAGGUCACCAAGUGGGAGUUCCGCCACCUGUCGGGCAACUUCCGUAAGGGCGACCUCGAGGGCCUCAAGGCGAUUAAGCGCCGCUCGCUGAAGAACACGCACUCGCACCGCGAGGUGGUGAGUCUCAAGGCGUUACCUGCAAACGGCAUGGACAUUUCAGGUGCUGACUCGCCGGUGCUGGUUGCGGACUACUCGGAUGUGGAGUCGCGGUCCAAUUCGGUAAUUGACAUGCAGUAUACCGGGGCCGCGGUUCCUGGCGAGCCGGCCAGCCUCAACGCGCGCCUCGGUGAGCUUGGCCACAGCCUUGCAGCGCUCCGUCAUGAGCAUGCGCGGCUCCAAUCGCGCUACGACACAGCCGUUGAUGACUUAAAAAAGACCAACUUGGACAUGGCGCACCUCGUGGACAUUGUUCUGAAAAUGAUCGAUCAGCGCAUGGGCGACAAGCUGCUCGGCAUGCGUAGCUCCACCAGCUCCUCACACUCGCAUUCCGGCAAGCCCGGAAUCCCAGAGCGUGUGGCGACGCCCGUUCUGCGCAAGCUCCACGAUGACGACAUGGCCUCGCCCACAAGCGGCAUGAAGCCAGACACACUGCGUGACACGCUCGAGCGCGAGAUCAUGAUUUUCCGCAACAGUGUGAUGCAGCGCGCGGCCGCGUAUGAAACCAUCCAGUCGCAGACCCACAUGGCCCAUUACUCCGGCCCGCGGCCGCUGGCGUCGCGCCUGAACGAGCGCUUGCAGCAGCCGCGUGCGCAGUCUUACCAGGCAUACGCGUACCAACCGCAGCAGCAACGCACCAACUCAGCGGUUACAUAUGCGUACCCGCCGGACCCCAACAUGGGUUUCCAACAGGUGCGCUUCGGCAGUACUUCCGGGUCGCAGCGCCACAUGUCAGUGUUAUACGAUCCGCUCGCGCCCGCGCCGUCGUCACAGCGCAACUCGAUCACCACCCCGGGUGCUGCCCAGCCGCAGGUGAUCUACUCGCCCAUCGCGAUGGUCGGGACUACACCCACCGCCACGGGCCACCCGGGGCUUGGCGAGUCACCCGUGCAGUCGUACUUUGAGGCGAAGCGCCACAUGAGCCAGCUGGAGCUUACACGCGUCUAUUCACCGUUGAAUGGCGACCUGGCGCCGACCUCCAUCCCCACCGCCGGCUCCCAACCCACAUCCAUGCCAGGCAAUUCCUCCGGUCCCGUGAGCAGCAACCCGACAUGGGAAGCUUUCGCUGCGCGCCCAACGCGUCCAGCUUCUGCCUCCUCCAACGGAAGUUUUUCUCGCGAUGCCGCCCCCGACGUUCAUUUUUCUAGUAACAGCCGCGCAGGCUCGAUUCAAAUGCAGCUGUACCAACAGCUGGCUCAACAGCCCGAGGUGACGGUGUAUAUUCCACGGACGUAUCCGUACAACGUUCCCCACCAACGGUCGGGAUCCCAUCCGACAGGGUAUCCAGUCCAGCUGUAUCCAUCGCUGGCGUCUACGACGGCUUCGCAUCUCGCUCCGGGCUGGCACACGCGUUACGCAUCGGCCGAGUCUCUUCAGGCUGAGCGUCCGGCUCCGCCUGGUGCCGUGCCGUCGCCUCGAAGCGAUAGCAACGCGAUACAGCAGCCUCCUCGUAGCGUACCGACCGUCGAUGUGAGCGUACCGAUUCGCUGUGAUACCCCCGAAAGUCCCACAGCGAGGGGGCCUCAGGCGCGGAACACUAUCCCGGCGAUUGUCUACCCGGCGCUGCCGUCUCAGUUGCAGCCAGCGCCGAGCAUCCGGAAGUUGCCAUCGGUAAAUUCGCUCACGUCGCCGCCUGCGAAUUCGGGUGUGUAUUCGUUGUUGAACCACGAGGGCAAGGACGAGGAGAAAAUCGAGAAAAUCGAGAAAACCGAGGGAACUGAGAGAACUGAGGAGACAAAUGAGAAAAACGAUAGGAAGCGGUCAAACAGCGAGGGUGAAGACCAGGACAAGAAACCGAGGAUUUAGACCGCCAUUCCUGAUCAAUAAAUGCUGGGUUUGGAGGGUUUGUAUCCGGCCUUUUCGGCUUUCCUUGAUUUAUGCUCAUAUCGUAAGAUUUCUACAAUACGAGGUACACCUCGUAAGUAAUAGUGAAUACCAUUAGCUAAGA